AUGGCGACGCUCAAAAAGCUGCUCACGCAGCAGGACGUUUUAAUCGGACAAAUCUCUCGUUCGGUGACAAAUUUGAAAAAACUCGGUGCGAGCAAUCUCACGGCCGCCAAGGUGAAACAUCUCCUCGGUACCUUGGAGAAACUGUGGGAGAAGGCGCAGCUCGUCAACAUCCAGCUCCUUCAAGGGGCCUCCAAGGAAGAAAAGGAGCAAUUAGGCUACUUCAAACAAGGUACAUUCCUCCUCGCCGAGGAGGAGUAUCUCGACGCUUCCGGCUACAUGGCCGAUCUCAUCGAGACGCUCUCCGAAAAGCCCUCCACCCUGGGGCAUGCAGGUGAUACCAGCUCCGUGCAAACGACAGUUGCGAACAAUUCCUCGAUGAAACUCGGCCGCAUUGAUCUUCCAGAAUUUUCCGGUGACCGUUUAAAGUGGUCUCAUUUUCGCGAUAUGUUCGAGACUCUCGUGAUAAAUAAUUCGUCACUAAAUGGGGUCACGCGGUUGCAUUACUUGAUGUCCAAGCUUAAGGGCGAUGCCGCCGCUUUAUUGCGUAAUUUUAAAAUCACCGAAGAUAAUUUCGAGCCCGCAUGGAAGGCCUUGACGGACGAAUAUGCGAAUACGCGUCUGAUUAUUAAUUCUCAUUUGCAAACGAUCGUUGAUCUACCAAUUGUAAAAACCGAAUCAGCUAGCGCGCUUCGCAAUCUACGCGACGUAACAAAAUCAGCGAUUAAAGCUUUGUCAAACCUCGGGCGUCCGGUCGACAAAUGGAGCGAUCCCUUGAUCUUUCUACUUACUAAAAAAUUGCCUCCUCGCACUCGUCAGGAGUGGCAGAUGGAACUGGGGGAUUCGUACGAUCCUUCUGAAUUAGACACGUUUCUAAAGUUUAUUUCAAAGCGAAUUAGAGGUCUCGACGACGAUAAUCCUUCGACUUCAAACGAUAUUGUAUCCGGAAGGUCGUGUAACUUUAAGGCGAAAAUUCAUACUGCGAAUAACGCGUCCGUACAAGAUUCCCGGAAAUGCCCGGCUUGCUCGGAAAAACAUUUACUCUUUCGAUGCAAUCAAUUCGUCCCCUUGGACAUUAAUCAACGUUUCGCCCUAGCGAAAAAGUUAAAAUGUUGUACAAAUUGCUUGCAACUCGGUCAUUCCGUCAGCGCGUGUAAAAAUCCACAGAGAUGCUUUAAAUGCGACAAAGCACACCAUACGUAUUUACAUCGCGAUAACAAGAGUAAUGAGAGCACGCCGUCUUCCGACAAUCGCUCCGCUGACGCAAGCGUAGUAAAAACACAAAUUGCCAGUCCGACAGUGCUCACUGCGUCAACGUGUCUACCGAAAAAUUCUACCGUGCUCCUCGCAACCGCGUGA